GACGCUGCACAAUGUGUGUGAAACGGACCAUCCAAAAUGGCGCGACUGCGUUUCCCUGGAUGUCCUGGACAGAGAAUUGGAAGAAACUGUGUCAACUAUGAAAAUAGCUGCAAUCGUUUGCAGUGCGAUCCAUCGUUAAGUGUUGUUCUUGGCUUGGAGAAGAGUUUGAAGAAUUUUCGUGACUUGUUUGGAACUUCAGACGAGGAUGAAGAAUUUGAAGGGUUCUCGCCACGAGACGUCAGGAAAGCAGUCCAAAGGUUGAAGCACUAUGACGAGAUAGAAUGUGAUACCAACGAAGAGCUUCCACGGGACAAACCAGUGGACAAACCCCUGGGUCACUCUAACAGGCCGCCUGACCCCGGAGGGGGCGCUUCCGAAAAGGCAGGGAAAUACCGCAGGACUCAAAAGGUAAAGGAACCCCAAAGCAAUAGCGUUUCACCAGCAGCGAACAAACCUCCCGAGAAGAAGAAUGGCCAGGUCAGAAAAGUUUCCACCCUAUCCGGACAACACAUGGCUCGGCGUUUGCUCGACCGGGCAAAGAAAGGUCGCAGGGCAGCAGCCGAAGUCUUGGACGUUAGGAAUCCUCGAAGUGAGCUGUCAGAACAAACUCUCGCGUACAAACUUGGGCGCAGCAAGGGCUUCCAACUUCCAGCCAUCAGUGCCCGCUCAUCUCGUAAGAUUAUCCCUCGCAAGCGGUAUCUGGAAGACAGUGAGGAAGAAAUACCGUCGCAGAGGAGAAGAAAGAUGCAGAGCGCGGAGGUCAACAAUGAACUCGCCACCGGUGUCACUCCUCCGACAGAGAGCAAAGAGCACGAUGACUCCCCAAAAGUUGGACUACUGGAGCAGCCCCUGGUGGUGCAAGGAAAGCGCCCGUGGAAGCCGUCGUUAAAGGUGCAGUUGAGGCUGUCGGAAACCAACCUUGGCGUGCCACUCCCGUCAGCGGGUCGGGACUCCCAAAGUUCGUCCGAUUCCUGCCACGACUCCAUCAAGCGGGACAUGGUGUCGAGGUACGCGGAAAUCAUGGCUACGAAGGAAGAUGUGGUCGAAACACCCGGAUCGCCCCCUGCGGGACUCAUUGACGAAAAGGUGGCCGCAAAGAUAGAGCGUCUCCUGAAGUCGCAGUGGGAGAGCCGAAUACCGGGACCUCGUAAAACCGGUGUAGUGCUGAGGAAAGCCCGCCUGCGUCUCAGCCAGCGCACGCUGAAGCGCCUGAGGGAACCACAGGAGGAGCAGGAGGAGGCUGCGAAUGGGGAAGCGGCGAUGGAAAAGCCCUCGGUGCUGCAACCACAGGAGAAAGAAAUCUGUGAAGGAACUACAGAAGUGACUCUCGCGGACAACAGCAGGGCCAGACUAGUGACAGCAUGUUGCUCCAUCUGCAACCAGUCGAUGAAGCCAUCCUCCUUGUUGGCAAAAUAUGGGCAAACAGCAUGUCCCAUAUGCUUUAGGUUUUUCACGAGGCUUCUUCGUCAACCCAGGCGUUUUCCGUGUUCUGGUGAUGGUGUCAACACGUGCGACCUCACGAGUUCACCGAAAUGCAAGUGCUGCCUCGCGAAGUCAUGUGUGGCACGAUUUGACGUUCCAGCAGCUGUGAAACAUCGUCUCGAAAAGGCAAUUGGGCCACCCCGCAAGGCUGUUCCAAGAAAGGCUCGAGCACGCAAGACAACCUCUCCUGAAGCUGUACUAAAAGAUAACCAGAGCGUCAAUAACUCGCCGUUGGAUACAUCUGACACAGUUCAUUCUAGUCUAGAAGAUUCACGCAGUGCAGUUUGUGCAAGGAGCGAGUCUUCCAAAACCAAAGGGCCUCGGAUCAAGCAUGUUUGCCGAAGGGCUGCCGUCGUGUUGGGUCCAAAGAGGGCGACGUUUUCAUCCCCUUCGCAUCAACAAAUAAACCUCAGCGCACUCCCAGAGGAAGAAAAAAACGAAUGCUGGAACACCAACUCAGACACCACGCUGCCUGGCAAUUCCAAUGAGCAUCAAGAACCAAAGGCAGCUGGGCCCAGGGAAGGCAGGAGGCGAGUGCUGAAGCGCACCCUCGUGGUAAAGCAGAAGAAAAACAAGAGGACACGCCGCUGCCUUCAGUGCGAAGGAUGCCUUGUGGAAGAUUGUGGACAGUGUGUCAACUGCCUGGACAAAAAGAAGUUUGGUGGGAAGAAUCUCUUGAAACAAGCUUGCUUACUUCGCCGUUGCAUCAACCCGCUGCAGCCGUCGGGGGCCGCCGCUCUAGACUCUGCAAAGACGGUUUCAGCGGAGACGAGUCAGAACAACAGUGAAAGUGCUGUGCGCAUCAGAAGGACUUUCAGACGAGUGAAAUACAAGCCAAAGUUGAGGAAAUACCGCAGGGUGCUCUCACAGAUGAGUAGGCGUGGACGAAAGACGUGUACAGAGGCAGAAAAGCUGCAGCAGGAAUCAUCUUCUGCGGUGCAAACGACUCCACAGUCUGCACAAUCUGUGUUAGAACCCGACGCAAUGUUAACGCAAGAAGUGAGUGAGGGACGUGAGGAAAGUGUGCCGGUAGAGCCAAAGGAAGAGUCAUGUGGUACAUCCACUGCAGUUGUUGCAACUGAAGAGGCGACCACUGGUGUGAAGGAUCAGACGUGUAACAAUGAGAGUGACGGAACAUCAGAGAACAACGGCUGCCUUGCUGCCCCUGUUGCCAAGCCACAAGGCAAACCACAGCAAAAGUUUCCUGCAAAGUCGUACCCUCCCUUGGUAUCCAAAGUGGUAGAUCAUCCAUUGCUGACAAGGCAGCUGAGCAAGAAAUCUGUUGGCCAUGGAAACCAGCCACUCAUUCAGUCAUUAUAUUGGGAGGAGUUUGACCGUUCUAAGGUACUGGCAUUAGGCUUUGCUCUUGUGUCAUCGCAACAGUUUGCAGUUCAGGCUGUCUGCUUCCUGUGUGGCAGCGCAGGUGAAGAAGAGCUUCUCUUCUGUACUGUGUGCUGUGAGCCCUAUCACUGGUUCUGCCUAGACCCUGAAGAAGCACAGCUCUGCAUUGAGAAGGAGAACUGGUGCUGUCCACGCUGCAAGACUUGCAUCGUCUGUGGUCACCGCAGCAGUCAACUCUUGAGGUGCAACAAAUGUCAGCAGGCAUACCACUCGGAAUGUCUAGGCCCCGGUUACCCAUCGAAGCCGUCAAGAAAAAAGAAAAUAUGGCUGUGCAUGAAGUGUAUCCGCUGCAAGAGCUGCGGGACAACGUCAAAACACUCUGCAUGGAAUUUUGACCUUUCACUUUGCCAGGACUGUGUCUUGCUCCGUGACAGAGGAAACUACUGUCCAUUGUGUGAGAAAUGCUACGAAGAUGAUGAUUACGAAUCCAAGAUGGUGCAGUGUUCUCAGUGCCAGCGGUGGAUUCAUGCUCGCUGUGAUGGCAUUUCUGAUGAGCUGUACCAAGUACUGUCAUUGCUUCCGGAAACUGAGCUCUACUUGUGCUGCCUGUGUGAGCCCAACUCACCUCGUCUGUGGCUAGGAACUGCUGAACGAGUUCUCCAGGCCCGUUUAAGAAGCAUUAUGAAUGCACUCCUUGAGUUACAGAAGGUGUCAAAAGACAGGAGCCACGUUUUGGAACAAGCGGUGCCCACUCCUCCUGAUCCGCUCAUGCUCCCUGACGAUCUAACCGACAAGGAUGCUGGUUCUGGGUCACCUCAGCCUUCUACUGUCUCAAAGACAGAGUUGCACUUUGUGGACCUGUCGCACGUGCAGAGAAGGAUAGAGUGUGGAGAGUUUGUCACCGUGAAGCAGUUUUGCGAGGAAGUCCUGCAAGCAGCAAUUGCCAGCAGAGUGUCUGCACCCAUGGUGCAUGAGUUGCUGACCAAGUUACUGGAGGAAAACUUCCCUGGUCUCCGGCCGUCCCCGCUGCCUCCAACACCGCCACACGAACCCAGUGAUAUGCCGAGUGGUUUGCUGCCAGACGCAGUAAUCCCACCGCACUCCGACCACGUUUACGCUCAGUAUCUGCCAAAGCUGGAAACCCCAGCGGUUGACCAACCUGGAGUCAUACGAAGCACUGGACACGGCACUUCUGUGGACAGCCGACGGUGUGUCCUGUGUGGCCAGAACGGCGACGAUAUCUCGGUGAAAUCUGGGCGUCUCUUGUAUGCCGGACAAGACGACUGGGUUCACAUCAAUUGUGCUGUGUGGUCGGCUGAAGUCUAUGAAAGUGUGAAUGGGUCAUUACAUAUGGUCCAUGCUGCCAUUUCUCGUGGUAGAUUUCUGAGAUGCGAAGUGUGUGGUAGCAUUGGUGCAACGGUGGGCUGCUGUGUUAGAGGCUGUCCCGCCAAUUUCCACUUUCAUUGUGCCCGAGCGGCUGAUGCAGUCUUUCAAGCUGACAGGAAAGUGUUUUGUAGUGACCACAAGGCAAACAUUGACCGUGAUGUGGUGGAAGGUGACAAGUUCUCCGCAAGUCACCUAACAUACGUUGACCAACAAGACGUGUCGAGCAAAUGGCAGAAGAGGUUUUGGCAAGGGCGGCUCCCAUCGAAAGUCAAUGUUAUUACAGGCUCAAUGACUGUGGAAUCUCUAGGCUACCUGACAGAAGCUUCUGACUUGGAAACUGUUCUUGUACCUGUGAACUACAGGUGUCGCCGUUUAUUCUGGAGCACCAAAAACCCACGACAACGCGUCGUCUACACUUGUCGAACGUACCAAGUGAGACCACCUAAGGUGCCUCACCGGGAUGACCCGGGAGAAAACACAACCAUUGUGCACGACUCUCAACCCAUGCGUAAACGCCGGAGAUCUAGUGAACUGGCACCUGCUGGAGGGCAUUGUGAUAUUUUAGAUAGCUGUGAUAGGGUGGGACCUGUGGUUUCUUCGAGUGAGGAACAGAAUGAUCGGACAGUUGAGCUGCUGUCCUCCUCCAAAGGAUCUCCAGUAGGUGAUUUCUUGGACGGCCCUCGUGAUGAUACUUUCUCAUUAGACUCUUCUCGUUUCACUGAGGGACACUCUGACCUGAGUGGCAUGGACGACCUUGACGCAAAGAUCCUCGACGAACUCGCUAAGUGUGUUCAGGGGACAGAUAGCCAGUUAGACUUUGCCGAACUGCUCGAGAAUAUAUCGAGGACCUGUGAUAACAGCGCUGUGCCAAAAGAUGAACAAGGUGUGAUGGGUGGUGCGUGUGGGGAAGCUGCAAAUCAGCCAGUGCCGGUAAUCGCCCAGGGUAGCCCAGACAAUGUGCAAAGGGUGCAGACAACUUCAUCCUCUCCCGGUGCUUCAGAAAAAUGGCAGACAUCGAUCACGCGAGGACCUGUCGCUGGCACGAAAUCUGUUAAUAGUAUGCGAGGGAAUGACUCGAGCCAAAAGAUCAACAAGGUGGCGAAGCAGCACUCUGGCUGCUGUACCUGUAACAGAGGCCUUACAAAGGCAACUGUAACAGGUAACAGAACAAGCAGUCCGGCACCUUCAUCACAAACAAAAAGCCGGGCGAGGCCCAGGCCAUCCGCCGCACCUGUUUCCCCCAAGGCUAUCCUGCCGAAAACGACGACUUCCCAAGGUUGCAUGCAGAAGCGUGUGCCGCAGCCUCCUCUACCAGUGCCGACUGUGCAGCAGACAACAUGUGUGCCACAAGUUGGCCCCCAGCCGCCUCUGCCACUGGACCUGAGUCGAUUCAUCUCCGGGUACGCACCGUACCCCACGUACAACAUACCCCUCGUCAAUCAGUUUCCUUCCACUAUCAACAUGACGAGCGUCAGCUGUGACAAGUUUGAAGUAUAUGAAGUCCCUGGGGGAACCAUUAUCAUUCCUCGCCAACAUUACCGCCUCAACAACUGUGUCUCCACAUUAGGAAUGGGUGCUCAGGUUGCUUACCUUGGAUCAGUGCCUCUCAUGACCGCUCCUUUCAUGCAACCUGCUCCUGCCCCACUGGCAUUCAUUGGGCAGCCCCCCGUCAUGCCCCUCGCUUUGCAACCACCGAGCGUUUGCAGCCAGGUGCCGCUGGUAGCCGGCCCCGGCAUAGUUGCCGGUGGGAAUGUUAUGAGUGCGAGCAUAACUGGGGGCAUGGUGAGUAGCAGCAUGGCUAGUACAACUGCGAUUAGUCAGGUACAGCAAGCUGUAUCAGGAAUGCCUGCUGAUCCUGUACAUGCCGCUGCACCAAGCAGCGAGCAUAGAAAGAAGGCAGUUGUGACGCAGAAGCAGUGUACCAAGGCAGUCGUGGUGCGCAACCAAUCAGUGGUGGCACAUCACGGAAGCACCAAAUCAGUGAUGACGCAGAGGAGCUCCAUCGUCUCGCAGCAUCAGUGCACCAAAUGCUUGGUUGUGCAGCAGAACAACGAGUGUGUUCCACAGAGGCAGCCUACUCCACCUCCGCCGGAAUCGACGUCGAGUGACGUUCUGGGAACGGUGCUGGAAGCUGCGAGCAGCAGCACAGACCACGCAAAGCCCAGUUUAUCACCUCCUCACGAGGUGGCCAACUAUCCAGAGCCCGACUCUUCAACGGCGGAGGAUCUAUUUGGGACGUCCGGUUCGCUCCCAGAACGCAUGUCGCCCGUGUUGUUGCCACCGCCACAGUCUCCCUUCAGUCCCAGCCCCGAAAUGAGUCCCAGGAGUGGUGAUGCUGCGGAAGGAAUAUUUGCCCUACUGCAGAAAGCGGCACAGCGCAUUUUGCAGGAAGGGUGGCCCUCGGAUGGGGAUCUAGAGCCUGAGCAGAGCCCUCCUAAGCCUGAACAGUCCUCAAGUGCAGAACCUGCGCCAGUGGCACCACAUACACUACCACCACCUCAGCAGGAGCCUAUUGUGCACAGCACAGUGAACUUGCUACCAUCAGACAGUCCCCGAAAGGCGCCUGAGGGACCGUACAUAAUGUAUGAGAUAAAGAGCGAAGACGGGUUCGAGUAUUCUUCUGCCGAUAUCCAUGAAGCGUGGCGGUACGUAUUUGAAAAACUGCAGGACAGCCGUGCAGCUGCCAACCUUCAGCCACUUACUGUUGAUGACGUAGAUGGAUACGCAAUGAUAGGCCUUGUACACAACACUGUAGUAUACCUAAUAGAGCAACUCCCUGGGACUGACAACUGCAUCAACUAUACCUUUAAGUUCCACAAGAAGGAGUGUGUCAAGUUGCCAGAGAAUGCUUCAGGCUGUGCACGGUUAGAAUGGUACAGGGGCCGCGGAGAGGACCACGACAUGUUCAAGUUCCUGGCGUCACGACAUCGUCUGCCGCCGCAGUAUGAUCCUCUUGCCUCAUCUCAGACAACGGAAGAGGUAGAAGUAGUACACAAGUCAUCACGGCGCGUGACAAGCCUGGACCUCCCCAUGGCAAUGCGGUUCCGGCACCUCAAGACAACUGCCAAAGAAGCCGUCGGUGUCUACAGGUCGAGUAUUCACGGUCGCGGCCUCUACUGCCGCCGAAACAUCGACGCUGGUGAAAUGAUCAUAGAAUAUGCUGGUGAAGUUAUUCGAGCUGCACUCACGGACAAGCGUGAGAAGUACUAUGAAAGCAAGGGCAUUGGGUGUUACAUGUUCCGCAUUGAUGACACUGACGUCGUUGACGCCACAAUGCAUGGAAAUGCAGCUAGGUUCAUCAAUCACUCCUGUGAUCCGAACUGUUAUUCAAAGGUGAUUACAGUGGACAACAAAAAACACAUUGUGAUAUUUGCACAGAGGAGGAUUCUCAAGGGUGAAGAGUUGACGUACGAUUACAAGUUUCCUAUUGAAGAUGUGAAAAUUCCCUGUUCAUGUGGCUCCAGGCGAUGUAGAAAGUUUCUGAACUGAUGCGCGUGCAGCGAGCUUAUUGCAGCAUUUUUGUAAAUACGCUUUUUUUCCCUGUGUCGUGCUUUUUUUUAAGAAUUGUGUAGCAUUGUCAUUGUAAAAUCUGUACAGGGCACUCUGUGCCAUGCCCAGCUAUGAGCUUUUUAUUGCGAAACUUUUUUGUUUUAAAUGAGAAGGACACUGUGUGAGAGAACCCUGUGGAGGGCUUGUUGAAAGACCGAGACCUGUUACGAGAUACCUGAAAGUGCCUUGCCUGGGUUCUACGGGUGCCAACUGUGAUCCCCGGAGUCAUUUUGUACAUAGUAUAGAAUUUUAACUGUAAUUACGGUCAAAGAAUUUAUCCUUUCUAAUGAUUUUUGAAGACAGAAAAGAAAAUAUGCACAACUAUAAAUAUCUCAUUUUACAAUGAUGUUGUGUUGUUCCCUCUAAUGUAUUCUGAGCACUAUUUUGGAGUCAUUAAAAUCUAAGUCACUCCUGUUGUUAGGGUGACGACACUGA